CGGGCCGCGCGAGGGGGCGGGGAGCGGCCCGGCCGGGCGCGAUGGGCCGGAGGCGGCGGUGGCCGCCGCGCUGGACACGGGCGCGCCCCGAGGCUGAGCCGGCGCCGUGAGCGGCCCGGGACCCCAGGCAGCUGUGCCCUGAUGGAUAUUGAUCUGGACUAUGAGAGACCCAAUGUCGAGACCAUUAAGUGUGUGGUUGUCGGGGAUAACGCCGUGGGCAAGACACGCCUCAUCUGUGCCAGGGCCUGCAAUGCCACCCUCACGCAGUACCAGCUGCUGGCCACCCAUGUGCCAACCGUCUGGGCCAUCGACCAGUACCGCGUGUGCCAGGAGGUGCUGGAGCGCUCCCGGGACGUGGUGGACGAAGUCAGCGUGUCUCUGCGGCUCUGGGACACCUUUGGGGACCACCACAAGGACAGGCGCUUUGCCUACGGCAGGUCAGAUGUGGUGGUUCUCUGCUUCUCCCUGGCGAACCCCAACUCCCUGCGCCAUGUGAAGACCAUGUGGUACCCGGAGAUCAAACACUUCUGCCCACGGACACCCAUCGUGCUGGUAGGGUGCCAGCUGGACCUACGCUAUGCCGACCUGGAGGCAGUCAACCGUGCCCGGCGCCCGCUGGCCAAGCCCAUCAGACCCACGGACAUCCUGCCGCCCGAGCGGGGCCACGAGGUGGCCAAGGACCUGGGGGUGCCGUACUACGAGACCAGCGUGGUGGCGCAGUUUGGCGUCAAGGAUGUCUUUGACAACGCCAUCCGCGCCGCCCUCAUCUCCCGCCGCCACCUGCAGUUCUGGAAGUCCCACCUGAAGAAGAUGCAGAGGCCCUUGCUGCAGGCACCCUUCCUGCCCCCCAAGCCGCCCCCGCCUGUCAUCCACAUCCCGGACCCCCCCACCAGCGGUGGCCAGGGCCCUGCCGCCCUCUUCUGCACCCCCCUCUGUGCUGAUGUGGUCUUCCAGCUGCAGGGGGGGCACAGUGUCUUUGCCCAUCGUGUCUACCUGGCCACGUCCUGCUCCAAGUUCUACGACCUCUUCACCCUGGCGGGGUCGGCGAGCCAGGCCCAGGAGCCCUGUGGUGUGGAGCGACGGGCGGCCAAGGAGCCAGCUGCCAGGACUAAGAGCCUGGAGAUGGAGAAGGGCCUCCUGGGCGAUGGGGGCCAGGCCCCUCUCAGGACUUCGCAGAGUGACGAUCCCCUGCGGCUGGUGCAGGGCGAGGGCCAGCAGCUCCCAGGGGCCGGGGGCCAGGAGCUGUCGGGCUGGGGCCGGGGCUUUGUCAGCAUGCAGCUGGAGUUGGUUCAGGACCCCGUGACCCAGCGGGAGAGGCAGAUGACGGUGGUGUACAUGGACUGCCUGGUCCAGCCGGGGCCCUUCCGCGCGGUGCUGGAGUAUCUGUACACGGGCCACCUGGACCAGGGCCGCGCAGACCUCAUGCAGGUGGCCACCAUCGCCGAGCUGCUGGAGGUCUUCGACCUGCGCAUGAUGGUGGCCAAUGUGCUGAACAAGGAGAGUUUCAUGAACCAAGAGAUCACCAAAGCCUUCCAUGUGCGCCGUGCCAACCGCAUCAAGGAGUGCCUGGGCAAGGGCGUCUUUGCGGACGUUGUGUUCCUGGUGGAUGAUGGGUCGGUGCCGGCCCACAAGCCGCUGCUCAUCGCGGGCUGUGACUGGAUGGUGGCCAUGUUCUGUGGCAACUUCCGGGAGAGCUACGCCCCGGAGGUCUCCCUGCCUGGCACCAAGUGCGCCUGCCUGCGCGCUGUCCUGGAGUUCCUCUACACCGGGCAUUUCACCCCCACUCCCGACCUGGACGCCAUGGAACUCCUGGUCUUAACCAACCGCCUGUGUCUGCCCCGGCUGCAGGCGCUCACAGUAUGCUGUGGACGAGCUGCUCCGAGCCUACGUGCAGCAGGUGGAGAUCGACGAGCAGGUGAUCAUCUACCUGGAGAUGACUCAGUUCCACAACGCCCAGCAGCUGGCAGCAUGGUGCCUGCACUACAUCUGCACCAACUACAACAGCGUCUGCCGCCGCUUCCCCAGGGAGAUGAAGUACAUGGCGCCAGAGAACAAGGCGCACUUCGAGCGGCACCGCUGGCCGCCCAUCUGGUACCUGAAGGAGGAGGAUCUGUACCUGCGCUCGAAGAAGGAGCGGGACCUGGAGGAGCAGCUGCUGCGGAAGCAGCACACCCGCAGCAAGUGGUGCUUCUGGCGCCCCUCGCCCCACGUCUCCUGAGCCCUGCCGUGCUGCUUGUGCCUUGCUGAGGGCGGGAGGGGCUGCCAGGCGGGCCGGGCCGGGCCAGGGUAGGGCUGGGAGCUGGGGGCCUGUGCCCAUCAUUCCCACUUCCAUGGGCACAGCAGCUGUUCCUGCUCCAGCACAGGGCUCCUGGCCAGCUGCUCCCAUUUACUGUCCCCCUGGCCCACCGGGCCCUGGCUCUGGCACGUCUCCAGGCUCUCCCGGCCCCUGCUGCCCUUAGCUUCCAUCUGUGCCUCUGCUGCAGCUUGGCCGUGCAUUG